AUGGAUGUCUCUUGUCCAACCUCUCCUAUUGAUGACGAUGAACAUUUUGAGUUUGUCGACUAUACAGCAGCUUCACAUUGGGAACGUUUUAUAACUACUGUUGAAGAUAUAUUAGUGGGCUGGAGAGUAACAGACGGCCAACUUGGAAUAUUUGACGAUUCGAACUUACCACCUCUUGGUCAUAAAGCAUAUACUAAAACGGUUGGGGGCAUUGAUCCUUUUGUGAAACGAGAAAUAAUUGUUCUUGAGGAUAAAUCAUAUACUUUAUCUUAUCAUUAUCACCCAAUAAAACGCUGGAAUGAAUUUGAUAUAAAUAAUUCACACUCUACAAGCAGUGCUCCUUCACAACAUUUUCCACCUCCACCUACGACAACGCUUUUUCCUCCAAAUCCUGAUCCGUUUUCACCUAGUUCUGAAUUUCUUCCACUCUCUCUUCCAAAUACUUCAUACGACUUUUCAUCGGUAAAUUUAAAUACAAUUCAUCGAUGGACUGGUCUUACUCAUAUUUUGGUUUUGACUCCAACCGAUAUUUUUUCUUCUGGAUCCAUUACAAAAUCUAGUACAAUUGAUCUUAGUACCACAAAAAUUCUUCUUUCAUCUUUUGCUAUUGUAUUUCAUAAUACAAAAUGUAAACUUCCCGUUUUUGUUCCAACUGGUCAAAUUACAAAUUUAUUAUAUGCCGGUUAUAUGUGCUUGUUUAAUAAAGAUGGGUCCAAAAAUAUAGAUUAUGCUAGUGAAGUAGAAAUAAGAUUUAAUACUACUUAUAGUCGGGAAAUCCCAUCUCACUAUUCUCAUUUGGCGGGUUUGACAGAUCUCUUUACCGAGAAAAUGGAUUUAAAUCAAUUACCAUUCGAUCAAGUUGAUGAGCCUAAAUUAGACAAGAUGCCUCAUCUUGGGAUUUCCGUUGCUGGUUUACUCACUUAUGAAUUACAAAAUUGGGAUGAUCAAGAUUGGAAAACUUUUGAUUAUGAUGAUAUUCAACCAGUUUCUCUUAAUAAUUCGAAUGGCAAAAAUGUUUCAUUUGAAGAUGAUUUUUUCAAAGAAUUUGAAGGGCAAAAUGGCAGUAUAUUUAACAAUGGAGAUAAAAAGGAUAUAUCUUAUUCACAAACAUCUGAUGAAUUUGUUUCACCAGUUGUUUCAUUAACAAAUUUACCUUUCGGCCCACCUAAUGAUCCAUUUGUAUCAAUGUCGCUUACCGCAUUUUUUCCUUCUGCACCAAGCAACACAUAUUUAGACAAUGAUGUUUAUUCUGAGAUGGAUGCCAUGAGAGCUUCUAUUUGGUUGUUAAAAUGCAAAUUUCAUCAAGAAAGUAACUUGCAUGGCUUAUUGUCUAGCCUUAUAGAUAGCGCAAUUUCUUCCUGGGUUAUUGAUAGUGGCAUUAGGCACCCAGAAACAAAUAAUGGCAAUCGCAACAGAGAACUAAGAAAAAUACCUAAUCGUGAUUUGCCAGGUAGCUUUAAUGAUUAUGAUUUGUUCGAAACAGCUCGAUAUGUCCGACAAUCUACUGGUGUAAUUGUUGACAUGGAUGAUUCGGAUAUCGAUAAUAUAUUGCAGGCAUUAUUUGAUGUAUCACGAAAGAAAGGGUCUGUUCCAUAUUAUAAUUCUGAAAAAAUCAAGACUUUAAGUGGUAUCUCUCUGUUUUCUGCGGCAACACUAGGCCUUCAUUUUCAUCAUACGAGAACUGUGCCAUAUAAGUCUUUUAUGUGGAAUUUCCUUGAAUAUUUAUUAGAAACGGUUUCUAGAGCAUCCAAUUUCCGAAGUUAUUCUCUUCUAGGAUCAUUGAAAAUAGUUUGGAACGAAGUUCUUAAGCGUAUCCGGUGGCAUUGGGAGCGAAACGAACCGAUACCCGAUAUUAGUAUACAUAAUUGGUCUGAUGAUUCAAAUUCUUCGUCUUCUUAUCGAGAUAAUAAUACUUCUUCAACUACUGACAAUAAAAAUGGACUAUCUUUCGAUAAAAAAGGAAAUACCACCAUUGGAAUUGAUAUGCGAUACAAUCUUGUUCAUCAAAAGUUAUGCAUGAUUAAUUGUUGCAUUGAACGUCUACGACAAUCUCGAAAAAAUAACUUGACAUUAUCUACAAGUCUUAAUUCAUCUAAAGAACGAUUACUCGAAGGUAAUUCUUUUGAGUCAUCAGGAUCCGGAUCUAUAAAACCAAAUAAAUCUGUCAUGGAAUCAAAAAGGACGAGUCCAGAUAAUUUUCUGGUUCGAUUCUUUGAUCACAUUACAGAGGAUGAUGAAAUUAAUAUAGAUCCUUCAGCAUCAAUGGUAGUUGUGAGACCUGAGAAUUCGAAUGGUACUAGCCACACUGAUAUAGUAAGCACAACAACUACGACCACUAAUGGAGGGAAAUAUUCGAAUCAUGUUCAUUCUCCCAGCUUAGAUUUUGAGUCAUUGCCUCAAGAUUAUGAUGGUUCUUCAGAAGAAGAUUUUGUUGAUCCUAUAGACGAGGUCCCAGCCGUUCCUCUAAAAAUUCCCAGGAGUUCGAAUUCUAAUCAAUUUAAUUCACGACGGUUAUCUUCAUUUUCCCAGGGUCGAACUUAUUCAUUCACACCACCGUUAUUUCCUGAUCAAUCAGAUCCAAAUCAAAAUUCAUCCUUAACAGAAUCUUACGUAGAACUUGAUUAUUCAGCAAGUAUGGAAUCAAAUAAAGGAUUUGAUAAAGAAAAACUUACAAUAAACGAAUAUGAAGUUCGUAGAGAGGUAAAUGAUGAAAACGAAAGAGAAGGUCAUUUACGUCCGUUUAAUGGUCUCACCUUGUUAGAAACUGGUGAGCCUUUAUGGGUACCAGAAACUCAGGAAGUUGGUUUCAUGACUGAAGAUAUGCUGAGUGAACAAGAAGAAAUAUUUGAAAAAUUGGGCACGUCAGAAGACGCUGCUAAAUUACGAGCUAAAAUGCAAUCCGCGCAUUUAAUGUCUGAUAUGCAGGCUUUCAAAGCAGCAAACCCUCAUGCAAUAUUGGAAGAUUUUGUUCGAUGGCAUUCUCCACGUGAUUGGAUACCCAAUGAAAGCGAUCCAAAAAAAGGAACUCUUAGCCAACGAAUGUUGGAAGAAGGCAAUUUAUGGCAAGAAUUGUGGAAGAGUGCUCAACGAAUACCCGCGGUUCGUCAAAAUCCAUUAUUUAAAUAUUCAUUGGAAGCAGAAAAGGCACUUCAUUAUUUGGAGCAUUUGCCCGUGAAAGAUUUAUUUAAAAUGCUCUUGCCUGCAAUAUUCCUCAUCGCAUAUGACACAUUAGUAUCUCAUCCUGUCUCUAAAAAUAUUAAACAAGUAGCAUCCGGUUUGGAGAAAUUGACAAAGGAACUAGUUAAAUUUCCAUGGAAUAAUAUAGGAUCAGAGGAUAUAUCAUACGAUGGGGUAAUUCAGCUAAUCCGACAAAAUGAAUUGUUGAUGGGUAAAGCAAUUUCACUCUUGCGAAAGUUACCUAAACAAUAUUCUCUUGUCGAAAAACUUUUGGAGAUGCCAGAAAGUCAAGUUUCUGAUGGUAAAGAACGUGAAAGCGUAUACGAGUUGUUUGCUUCUGGUGCUCCACUUAAUGAUUCAUUUCCGCAACCAACGACGCGAGAAUUUGUUUUGCAAACAACUUGUCUUAGGCCAACGCCAGUACCAGCAAGAAUGUAUGCGCUUUUAAAUAAUAACGGAAUGAGAAUUGUUGAUAUGGUGGGGAAAGAUACUAUUUUCAUGUAG